AUGGACAAAGUUGCCGUGAUGAAGUCUGACACUUUGCUCUGUUUGGAGGACAACAGGCGAGCAGAGGACAGGAGCAGGUUGAACUGUGUAGAAUUACCUCAGAGCAAUUUCACAGACGGACAGAACACAGACCUGCUGCAAUGUCAGGACGACACUCAAAACAGCUCUACUGUCAAAUACGGAAGAUGUGGGUCUCGUCUGGGUGGGGUCAAAGUUCGCCACAAGAGACAGGUGCUGCAGGACAUGGCCCGACCCCUGAAACAUUGGCUGUACAAACACAGAGACAACCCUUAUCCCACCAAAACCGAGAAGGUGCUGCUGGCUCUGGGCUCACACAUGACACUCGUACAGGUUUCCAACUGGUUUGCAAAUGCCCGGCGAAGGCUGAAAAACACAGUGAGACAGCCAGACCUGAGCUGGGCCCUGAGGAUCAAACUUUAUAAUAAGUACAUCCAGGGAAACGCUGAGCGGUUGAGCGUGUGCAGUGACGACACCGACUCAGAUGAUGAAGAGUGUCCCUUACAAACUCCCAUCAGCCAGUCAAACUAUGGCCGGUCGUCCUCUCACAAGAGCGUGCUUGAGAAACAGGGCAGCGUCCUCGCCAUGGCUGACUCCGUCAACAGUGACGACAGCACGUCGCCCCCAUCCAAAUACAAGAGCGGUUUACUGAACCGCUAUCUAAACGACACCCUGCGGCACAUGAUGGCAGCGAAAGCUGAUGGCGUCACCACCUCCCGUAAGAGGAGGAGUCACUCCGAAUCGUUCAGCUCCAACGAAUGUGAUCGAGAUGUCGUGUCUCCGGCGUCGUCCUACGAGACCGAGACAAACUUCGUCUACCACAUGGAUACUAUGGACUACACUCCAACCAACUGUGACAGGGACCAGCAGCAGGAGCGCGGCCAGCAGAGACGAGACGUCCAAGGCUGGAGGGAGAUCCACGCCGCUGUGGCUCUGACCAACUUGGCCCAAGGGCAGAGCCACGCGGGCGACAGAGGCAGUGUUACCGUGCCAAUCGCUGCCAAAGGGCAGAGCUGCACCCGAGAUCCCUUCUCUAUAGCAAGAACAGCUAUCAUAGACAGGACAUGUGUUGCAGGAGCCACCUCUACUCUGAGGCAGAGCUGCACCACAGGGCCCAUUCUCACCAGCCGCAUAAUCCAGAAGUCCUCUCAUAUCGCGGAGGUCCAGACUGUCAAAAUGACCCUGGCAAACAGCGUGUAG